GAGCGGGCGAGCGCAGAGAUCCGGCCUGAAAAUAGAAGCGCGUUCGCGCGAUCGAGGCGCACCUUGGCGCACGAUGACGCCGGAACCGCGGCGGCGCUCGUAGCAACGUCCAUCGGGGAAGAUUAUGGAGCCUGAUCGUCAGGCCCUCCAGAUCGCCGGCGCAUGUCGAGACUAAGGUAUGGCCGCGGUAGCUGGCAUCUAUGGCAUUUCAGAGGAACGACACACCAGAUACUCCUCCGAGCAUCGGCAACGUGAUCAGAUAUCGCUGCCGAAACUCAGCAGCCAGGACGAGGAUGGGACGAAUCCCCACACCCAAUACACAGGAGUCACGCACUUCGAGCCCAUACCGCACGAUCAUGACUUUUGCGAGAGGGUCGUCAUCAACGUGAGCGGGCUACGGUUUGAGACACAGCUGCGUACGUUAAACCAGUUUCCGGACACGCUGCUCGGCGAUCCGACACGGCGGCUUCGAUACUUCGAUCCGCUACGCAACGAAUAUUUCUUCGAUCGGAACCGACCUUCCUUCGAUGCCAUACUCUACUACUAUCAGAGCGGCGGCCGCCUACGCCGCCCUGUCAACGUCCCGCUCGAUGUCUUCUCCGAGGAGAUCAAGUUCUACGAGCUGGGCGAGAUGGCUACCAAUAAGUUCAGGGAGGACGAGGGCUUCAUCAAGGAGGAGGAGAAGCCGUUGCCGACGCACGAGUUCCAGAGGAAGGUCUGGCUAUUGUUCGAGUACCCGGAAAGCUCGCAGGGCGCCCGGGUGGUUGCUAUAAUCUCUGUGUUCGUGAUUCUCCUGUCGAUCGUGAUCUUCUGCCUGGAGACGCUGCCCGAGUUCAAGCACUACAAGGUCUUCAACACGACGACGAACGGCACGAAAAUCGAGGAGGACGAAGUGCCGGACAUCACGGACCCGUUCUUCCUAAUAGAGACUAUUUGUAUCAUCUGGUUCACGUUCGAGUUAUCGGUGCGCUUCCUCGCCUGCCCAAACAAAUUCAACUUCUUCCGUGACGUAAUGAACAUCAUUGACAUCAUCGCGAUCAUUCCGUACUUCAUCACCCUCGCUACGGUGGUGGCCGAGGAGGAGGACACGUUGAACCUACCCAAGGCGCCGGUAAGCCCGCAGGACAAGAGCACGAACCAGGCGAUGUCCCUGGCAAUACUCAGGGUGAUCAGGCUGGUCAGAGUGUUCCGGAUAUUCAAGCUGUCCAGGCACAGUAAAGGCCUCCAGAUCCUUGGGCGGACUCUCAAGGCCUCCAUGAGGGAACUCGGCCUGCUCAUCUUUUUCCUCUUCAUCGGUGUGGUGCUGUUCUCGUCGGCGGUCUACUUCGCGGAGGCCGGCACGCAGGACAGCUUCUUCAAAUCGAUACCGGACGCGUUCUGGUGGGCGGUGGUCACGAUGACGACCGUGGGCUACGGCGACAUGAGGCCCGUGGGAGUCUGGGGGAAGAUCGUGGGCUCGUUGUGCGCGAUCGCCGGCGUCCUGACGAUCGCUCUGCCCGUCCCCGUAAUCGUCUCCAAUUUCAACUACUUCUAUCAUCGUGAGACUGACCAGGAAGAAAUGCAGUCGCAGAAUUUCAAUCACGUGACUAGCUGUCCGUAUCUUCCUGGCACCUUAGGACUGAAGAAGGUCUCGAUGUCGGAGUCCUCGUCGGACAUAAUGGAGCUGGAGGAGGGUGCCCUGUUCACUCAUCCAGAGAUCACUAAGAAGUCCAAUUGCAACCCACGCCACAAUAACAAUAUCAAUCCAGCCUGCAUGAGCAUCGAGACUGACGUCUGACUACUAGUGAAGGAGACGGUGGCAGCGUGGUGGCCGUUGCUGGGCCAGUUGUCAAAAAGCAGCUGUAGCUCCCUGCGGUGCUUGACGUAGGCCUCCUUCACACCUCGUCGUAGUCGUAGCGGCUGGCGCCAGUGUCGUCGUCUGCCAGGAAGCCAGGUCCGUCAGUUACGCGGGGCGUCCGGAUCAUGAGGUCACGGGAGGUCGCGAUCCUCCGCGAGGAAGCUAAUUCGGCGUUUCUUCCAUCCGGGACGUUGCGAUAACGCGAAGAAGAAGGGAGGGGAGGAAGGAAAACAAAAGAAAUAAUGAAAGGUGGGCCCAGGUGUGCGUGAGGAGCGAGAAAGAAGGGGGGGGG